AUGGAGAAUCUUAAUGAUGAUAUGAGAUUAGAAAUCUUUUCACGUCUUCCUCCCUUGCAACUUUUGAAGUGCAAACUUGUUUGCAAAAAUUGGGAGAAUCUUCUCUCGCUUCAAAAAGUGGGUCUUCUUUUCUUGAUUGAACCAUCUCUCCGUGACAGAAACCUACAGCUUCACUUUGGAGAUUAUGAGGAAAUUUUUAGCAUGAGCCGCUCCAGUGGGGAGGAGUUUACAUAUCAAAACCUUACAAAGAUCAAUCAUCCGGCCAUUAAUAAGCGAUCAUGCGUGUUAGUGGAUAUGAUGAUUGGUUCUUGCAAUGGUUUGGUUUGCUUUUGUAUACCCCAUAACAAAAUCGAUGAUCCUGUCUACAUCUGCAAUCCUAUCACUACCGAAUAUAUUAACCUUCCCCGGUUAUUAAAUCAUAAGAAUGGUUAUGUAGUGAGUGGAUUUGGCUACCAUCCUUUGAUUGACAAGUACAAGGUCAUUCGAAUCCAUUAUCCAAGAUCACAUGAUUCUCAAGGAGUCCCAAUCACCCUAGGAUCCGUCGAGGUAUAUACACUUGGGAGCGGUACUGGAUGGAGAAGCAUAGGAGAAGUCACCUAUGACUUCUCAAGGAGUGGUGUCCUUGCGAAUGGAUCACUCUAUUGGCUAGACUACAAGCAGAAAAGAAUAGUGGCUUUUGAUUUGGCAGAUGAAGAGUUUCGAUUGCUCCCAACGUUACCACCAUGUUUCAACGGUAACAAAAAGGCCACAUACCACGUCAAGGUGUUGGGAGGGGAUUUAUGUCUUGUUCAUUCAGAGCCCUAUGAGCCUAUAGACAUAUGGUCAUUCAAAAAUAAGGAGAUAAAAACGGAUGUCCACGGUGAUAAAGAAGAGAGGUACCAAUCUUGGAGUUGGAGUCUGGAGUUUCGUAUACCAUGUUCACUCCUCCACACGAAGCAUUAUUUGUACGAACCUUUCGCUCUCACGAAGAAGCACCAGGUUUUGUUGUGGAUACAUGAUUCAGCUAUUUAUUGUUAUGACAAGAAAACCGAAAGCUUAAAUGAAGUUGUGGGAGAAGAUCAAAAUAGGAUGGGUUUGUUUCAAGGAAUCCCACACAUGAACAGCCUUAUUUCGAUGAAAGCUCUAGGUGAAAAGUUUAAGAGUAGAACACAUCAAAAGAAGGAAAAAAAGAAUCGAGAAAGGAUAAGAUAAUGGAUAUGUUCUUUCUGGUACUCAUAAUUUUUCAAGUUCCAGAGGGAAGAACUAAGAGACAGACUUGUUGUUAAUUGCAUAUUUUCUUUCUUGAUUGGUUAAUGAGU